AUGAUGGAAAGCGACCUGCCCCCCAGCAUACAGCGCAACGCCCAGCCCACAGCACCUUACUCCCUCCGUCCGCCUUCACCGCCCUUCAUCUACGUCCCCGCCGUCACUCACCACCACCACCACCACCAACCACCUUCCUCCCCAAACAACAAGCCCAGCUCCAACAACCUCAACAACCCCGACAGCAGUCAAAGUCAAACCCGGGCCCAACCACUCAUGACGAUCACCCCCUCCCCACUAGCAAUCCACACCCUGCCGGGGCCACCCCACCUUACCGAGGAGGAAUUGUGGCUCAUCACGGGCAAGGGAAAGCCACAAACGGCCUCGGACCCGGCGGCUAACGCAUGGGUGUAUGAGUCCCGCCGGAGGGCACAGGCGGUGCUGGAUUUUUUGAUGCUUGGCCCCGCGAGUGUGCUUAAGGAUAAAGAGUUUCUUGCGCGUGAGGGGGUGAGUAUGGUGUUGGAUGCGAGGGAUGCGGCGAGGUUUGGGGGGGCCAUGGGGAGGGUGAGGGGGGAACUGGUAGGGUUGGGGGUGGAGGUCAGGACGUUGCUUGGGGAUGGGGAUGAGCGUGCCAGUGAGGGGGGAGGUGGGGGAGGUGUAGGGCAGGGGCCAAAUAAGGGGUUGGUUGCGGUGUUUGAUGGGGCUGCGGGUAAAGUCAAUGGGCAUUUGUUGGAGGUGGUUCGGCAGUCGGGGGGUAGUAGCAGGCCGGGGAAGGUGUUGGUCGUGUGCGAGACGGGGAAUGACCGGUCUGCGGCGGUUGUGGCGGCGUAUUUGAUGGCGGUGUAUGGACUGGAUACGGUGCAGGCGGUGCAGUUUUUGCAGCUGAAGCGGUUUUGUGUGGUCAUGGGGGAUGAGGUGAAGUACAUGCUGCAGGCGUAUGGGGAUAUACUGAAGGCGAGGGCGGAUGUUGCGCGGAUGGGGGGCUCGGGGGGUAAUAAGGGCAUGCCACGGGCAGCGGUGGCGGCGCAGGGGCAAGGGCAAGGCAAGCGCCGGAUUGAGGAGACACGCGGAGGAGGAGGGAUGGACGGCGAGGAUGAUGGAGAUACCUGGAUGAUGGGCGAGAUGGAUGGGGAGCGGUAUGCGGGGCGGAACAACUUUGUGCCCUUUGUUGAGCACGACUAUUCAGGGUUGAAUCUAUAA